GAAAGAGCGACACAGAAAGGGGGAAAGAACGAAUACCGGUUACGAGCAUGUUAGUUCGAGAUAAGGAAAACAGCAAUGUUACUCCAAAAACUGUUACGCUAACGUUAGCUGUCAAGCUACGAUGUUGCUCUUCAACAGCUAAGGCUGGAUAUACAGUAAUCUACCCACCGGCAAGUAACUACAGGCCUUUUCAGUUUGCUGAACCUGACUAACAGUCGAUCCUGGAGCACCACAGGGAAGAGGCAGACAUCGACACACACACGCACACACACAUUUCUCAGCUGUUCACCCAGGCCGCUGCUUCAAUUGCUUUUGUUGUCUUUCUUCCACGGUGGCAGUGACUCUUGGAGGACGGAUCUAACGCUUUCGACGAACAGUGUGGUCCACAGUGUAGGGGAAUGGUGAGGCAGGGGAGCCCUGCACAUUGUGAUGUGGAGUUGGGCUGUGGACAUUCCAUGCAGGAUAUGAUAUAGAUAGCUACAGUCAGGUGGAGCGAUGAAGCUGAACGAGCGCAGCGUGGCCCACUAUGCCACCUGCGACUCCCCGCCCGACAAGACGGGAUUCCUGUUCAAGAAAGGGGAGCGCAACACCGCCUACCACCGUCGUUGGUUCAUCCUCAAGGGAAACAUGCUGUUCUACUUUGAGGACCGCGAGAGCCGCGAGCCCAUUGGCGUCAUCGUCCUGGAGGGCUGCACCGUGGAGCUCUGCGAGUCCAUCGAGGAGUUCGCCUUCGCCAUCAAGUUCGACUGCGCCAAGGCCCGCGUCUACAAGAUGGCCGCCGAGAGCCAGGCGGGCAUGGAGUCUUGGGUGAAGGCGCUGUCGCGGGCCAGCUUCGACUACAUGCGGCUGGUGGUGCGUGAGCUGGAGAGGCAGCUGGAGGAGAUGCAGCAGGCCAGUGGAGCUGGGCAGCAGGGAAAGCCCAAGUCAUCCAAAAAGCAGCAGCAGACUGGCCGCUCCAGGCCUACCUCGCUGUCCAACCAGGCCUCCUCCCCUGCUACCCACAUUCCUGCUUCAGGGGUGGUGCAGGCUGCAUACUCCCGCGCCCAGCUCGAGGAAGUACAACUGCUGCCCGGCACUGCCAGGGAAAAUGGGGUGGCCUGGAGCAAGCCUGCAGCGCUGCCCAAUGGGUGCGAGGGUGCCCAGCCCUCCAUGUCCUGGGAGGGGAACGGCAGCAGCGAUGGGGUCAGGCCUCCGCCAGUGCCCCCACGCCGGCGGGGGACAGCAGGGUACUCCACCUCCUCUUUAGAGAGCCCUGUCUCGCCUGGUACAGUGUGCUUCUCAAAGCUACACGACUGGUACGGGAAGGAGGUGGCUGAUCUGCGGGCAGAGUGGCAGCAGAGCCAAUGAGACUGGCACACCCAGGCUCCCGGCUUAUACACACACACACAAAUCUUCAUCAAGGACAGGCACAGUGUGAACCUCCGUGCCUUUCACCUACACAGGAGCCUUUUGUACUGUGCAUUACUGUGCUUUAAAUUUCAAAGUGCUGUGGAAUUCAGGAUGGAUGAGCAAUGUUCUUCCUUCCUCCCUGGGCAAACU